AUGUUUGACAAGUCUCCUGUUGCUAUUAUCACUGAUCAAGAUAAAGCCAUGAGAAAAGCAAUUGCCAAGAUAUUUCCAGAAGCACGACAUCGUUUUUGCGCCUGGCAUAUAAAGAAACAUGUUAUGGAGCAUAGUCAAGCACUACGCGCACAAUUUAAAGAUGGUUUUGAUGUUGACUUCCGUGCAUGGUAUAAAAGUCGCAACAUUGAUGAGUUUGAAGGCAAAUGGGAAGUAUUGAGGACUAAAUAUGUUAUUAAGACAGAUAGUUGGCUGGCUAACAUGUAUGCUUCAUGUCAUCAUUGGGCAAAGGCAUACUUGAAAGAUACCUUUUUUGCUGGAAUGACCACAAGUGGCCGAAGUGAGAGCAUCAAUGCAUUUUUUGAUGGAUAUGUCAACUCUAAUACAAUGUUAAAUGAUUAUGUUAUCCAGUAUGACAAAGCAAUCAAAUCUAGGAGGGAUGCAGAGGAAGAUGAGGAUUUCAAAACUAGAAAUACAAAAGCAGUUUUGGAGACUAAUCAUCCUAUUGAAGAAAUAGCUAGAGAAUGGUACACAAGAAAAUUAUUUGAAAUUUUUAAAAAGGAGUGGAAGGCUGCCAUACUUGAUUAUUUUCAUGAAAAGAUUGCAACGAAGGAAAACCUUAUCAUGUAUCGAGUGGGGUCUCGUGAAGUUGAUAAAGAAAGGUGGGUAAUUGUCGAGUAUCAUUUGACAGAAAGCUUCACAGCUCAAUGUUCAUGUGCAAAGUUUGAGACUAUGAGGAUUUUGUGUAAACAUAUUCUAUACAUUAUGAAGAAGAAACAAAUAAUGACCCUUCCUAAAAAAUAUAUCUUGUCUAGAUGGACUAUGAAUGCAAGCUAUAAGGCUGAAAAUCUUGUAUCCAUUCAUGAUGAAACAAAUCCUAAUGAAAUUAGUGCAUUGGCUUUGUGGUCGAUUCAUUCGAAGUGCACUAUGGCUAUUUCUGAAGCACGAGAUUCUAUUUUUGAGAUUAAAAGGUUUGAUGUUAUGGUUGCUGAAUUUUUGCAACAACAGUUGGAAAGAAAAAGAAAGAGAGGUGAAGAUAAACAAAUUACCCAAAUGAUUCCACAAACUUCAUUCAUUAAUGAUGUGCGUGAUCUACUCAACCAGUCAAAACUAAAGGGCGUCCAAAGAUGGAAGUUGCAGGAGAGAAGCAAAAAGAAUAGUUGCGAUUGCACAUAUUUCAUGAAAAAAUUCUGGGACACUGCUGGUUGGAGAAGUAAAUACUAUAAGCACUAUGGGUUUCAAAUGUACAUGGAGAAUUUUUUUGUUGGUGAUUUUGCGAUUGAGGAACUUAGACAUGCACGACCACUGUUAGAAGAUUAUGCGAAUGAGGAACUUAUUGAUCCAAGGUUGGGAAGUCACUAUUCAAAACAUGAAGGAGCUGAGGCUAUCAAAUUCUUCUAUCUGGAAACAACUAUUACUGCAAGCUUGUUUAAUCUACAAUUUAGUUUCUUGAUGUAA